GAUGGCGGCGGGAGGAGGACGUUUCCGUUUGAAGCACAGAACCCUCCCAGCAUGCUGUGCGCGGUGAGCCACGUCUUGUUGAAGAUCUGAGUAGAGGAGGUGUCAGGCUGAAGGACAGGACUGGACAGAUGUUGGAGGACACAUGUCUCCCUGUGGUGACACCUCUGUGGGUUUGUUUUGCCGCUGUACAUUGUAAUGCAACAAAGUAUUGGUGCGGCUGACAAGAUGGGUUUACCUUGCGGGGCCAUACUAUGGAAAAUCUCCUUCACGGUGGGGCUGGUCCUCUUUUACUACUGUUUUUCUAUCGGGAUCACCUUCUACAACAAAUGGCUGCUCAAGAGAUUUCACUUGCCUCUAUUUAUGACUCUUGUGCAUCUGCUCAUGAUUUUCAUUAUGUCAGCUGUAAGUCGAGUACUGAUGACCUGCUAUAGCGGCCGUGCACGCGUUAUCCUACCCUGGUCAGACUACCUCAAAAAAGUGGCCCCUACAGCUUUGGCGACUGCUCUGGACAUUGGACUUUCUAAUUGGAGCUUCCUGUACAUCACUGUAUCACUGUACACCAUGACCAAGUCCUCUGCAGUUCUCUUCAUCCUUUUCUUCUCCCUCCUUUUCAAGUUAGAGGAGCUGAGACCGGCCCUUAUUCUGGUGGUUUUACUAAUUUCCGGAGGCCUUUUUAUGUUCACAUUCAAGUCAACGCAGUUUGAUACCAGGGGUUUCAUUUUGGUACUUGCUGCUUCCUGUCUUGGUGGAAUCAGAUGGACCCUGACCCAGAUCCUCAUGCAGAAGGCAGAGCUGGGUUUACAGAAUCCCAUAGACACCAUGUUUCACUUACAACCUCUUAUGUUCCUCAGCCUGUUCCCGUUGUUUGUGAGCAUUGAAGGUCUUCAUAUGUCCACGUCACAGCAGUUGUUCCGCUAUCACGACAUUAAUGAGUCGCUUGUACUUUUCGGAACACUUGGAUUGGGUGGACUCCUGGCAUUUGGUCUGGGAUAUUCAGAGUUUCUACUAGUUUCAAAAACAUCUGGUCUCACCCUGUCCAUAGCUGGUAUUUUCAAGGAACUCUGUGUACUUCUGUUGGCAACACACCUGUUGGGUGAUAAAAUGAGUCUGCUUAAUUGGUUGGGGUUUGCAGUCUGUAUCUCGGGUAUUACUUUGCAUGUCGCUCUCAGAACUACACACUCAAAAGGAGAGGACAGCCACAAGGAACACAGAGUGUCUCUCAGCACGGAUAUGGAGAUGUUACUCAGGGGAGGUGAUGAGGAGGAGGAUGAGGAGACAUGAGUGAUGAACGAAGAAACCAACUACGAGGAACUGUGAAAGAUAACUAUGACCAAUAAUGUGACUUCCCCUUGGCUCACUCUGAAGUAUAUGCCAAGGAGGUAAACGGCAGAAACAUUUCACCACGUAAAACUGCGGACUAGUAGCUGUGACGUUCAUUGGUGCCUCAGAAGUUCUGCCGCCACCUACCUGGAGUCCACAGAUGCUCAUCGCUUAAGACUCUUUAAAAUAUUUUGCUAUUUUCUGGAUUCUGCAGUCCUUUUCUUUACUCUGAUGUAUUGACAAAGAUGGGCAUAUACUGGUGUAUCAUAGUUUUAUACUAUAAGGAUUAGUAUACCUUCUCUGUAUAUUACCACAGUCUUUUUCAUGUUGCAGAUGGACAACCGCCAUCAGUUUCUCUAUAGGCUGGCAUUGCGCAGACCCUAUUAAUGUGUGUUAUCUAUUAUAGCUACCUUUCAGUUAAACAGCUGGUCAUUUGUCCACCAUGCUGACCAUUUCCAAAGUAGGGUUGCGCUUAAAGCGUCUCUAAAUCCAAAAGUAAUAUAUUGCAGCUUACUAAUCCUUACAUGUGGUGGCUGCAGUCGUUUUUUUUUUUUUUUAAAGUAGUA